AUGGAGUAUUCAUCUGACGAUAUCGCAGCAGCAAGGAGCUUGCAGUUUCUCUACGUACAUACACGUGGACAUUUUUGCUUCCCGAUCGCACUGGAGCAGGUAAAAGGCCUGUAUAUUGUUACACGAUACCUCGCCUUUAUCCUUUCUCACCACGGGUUGUAUCAAAUGCCGGUGUUUGAAAAUAUUGACCACAGGCGUUGGUAUGGUAUCAGCCAUUUUCUCCGAAUGUAUCUCUCGUUUCCCCGUAUCUUAUGUUUUUUCAUCCUUAGAACAUAUGUGCUCUGGAACAAGAAUAGAAUCUUACUCGCAGCCAUGCUGUCCACCUUUCUCAUACAUCAGCAGACUUUUGUCGGAGCAUCCAUUGGCAUUGCCUUCACCACCACUGCUCCCGCAGCAUAUGCGACUAGCGCGAUCCCGGGCAUCACAGGGUGCUACCGGAGUUCGACAAGUUUCCCGCUCCUCAUACCAACUCUUCUCCUUUCCGUGUUCGAACUGGUGUUCUCUGUAAUGAACAUAUUCACAUUGCUGCUCCUCCAGGUGAACCGACAUGCACACAGCUCUGGCGCCCUUAUUCCACGGCGUGAUGUCUUAUCCUAUAGCUUAUUCGGUGUCGUUUGUGGAGCGAGGCUGUGGACUGUAGGAGAUGACUGGUGGGGAUGGGUUUGGUAG